GCUUGCAUUAUGCCGCAGCGGCGUGCGGCAUUACGGCGAUUGCCGUUGUGAGUUAAGCCUAAGGCUUGGGUAUGCCACAGCGGCAAGAAGGCUUGCUUAAACAUAGGUGGGCGCUGUGGGCGAUGGGGAUAUAAAGACGUGAUGCCUCUUCUCGCAACGAACUCGGUCCAUCUCACGUCUUCCGCAAAAUCACCCAGUACUCGCCUACAUUUGUCCAGCUCUCGCUCUGCACCACAUCUCGCAGAGUCACACCUACUCUCUCACACUCCAACUUCCGAGACAACAGUUAUGAAUGUCGCCUUUGCCAUUCUCUGCCUUUUUGUCACCACCGGGCUUGCUGCACCUAUACCAAACAUCUUUGACGACAUCGGCAGCGCCAUAUCUGGCGCAGUCUCCGACCCCGCAGGCACCCUCAUGAGCGCUGUCAAUGCCCUCAACGGUGUAGACCCUGGCGUGCGUGCCGCUUUCUCUGCUACGCAACAGAUUGUAAAGGUUUCUGUCUCUGAAUUGCAAGCUGAGGCGGAAGCUGCUGCGCAAGCUGCUGUUCCCGUUGCAGAGGAUGCUGGACUGACUGCUGCACAAGCUGUUGGAAUGACUGCGCCUGGGGCAGCUGUGGAAAUGGCGGUGUUGUCGCCGGAACUGGCGGCACAAGUGGUAGCGCCGGAGGCAGCGGCAGAGGCGGCCGUACUUCCGGAAGCAGUAGAGGCGGCGGUGCUGGUGGGAUAAUGUAUCGUUUUAGUGAAUCUUAGUUUUCCACAAUUUGUUUAUAUGUAACCCUUCCACAAUUUGUUUAUAUGUAACACAUGAGAUCAAAACUUGGAACUUGCGUG